AUGAUAACAAUCAAGGUAUUAGAUCGCUGGUAUAAACCAUAUCCUAACAAAGUUCGGGAGUAUAUACGUGUCCAUGAAGAGGCGCCAGCAAUCUCAAUGAGUCACUAUUAUCAAGGCGUUCAUUCACCUGAAUUUAAGCCCAGAAACGAUAAUCCAUAUAAAAUGAACCACUAUCUAACGAAAGGAACAACAGUAUCGAAUCUGAUACAAGAUGCUGGAAACAACUUUUGUAAGGAGUCAAUUUUGACAUUAUGGAAUUAUUUCUUAAAAAACAAUCCAGUGGACAGCUUGCCUGAAAAAGCCAGUAUUCAACAAAACCAGACGCUGGUCAGAUGUGCAUUGGAAUUGCUAAGAACGACAGGAGAACUGUUACUCCUCUUUCCAUGUAAUUCCGUUUUUAUGAGUGAGUGGAUGAAGAAAACUAAUUGUAAACUGUGCAACAGGGCUUGCGAAGACUUUCCACACAGUUUUCCUGACUGCUCAUUCAUCUUUCCUGAUCUGAAUCUCAAGCUAUCAAUGAAGCUGCAUAAGUUUUGUUCUAAAAGUUCCGAGGAUUCUUUAUUAUUUGUUGCUUGGAUGCUUUUGAGAAUUUUGCUUGUCAACUUGAGGAAAAUGCUUAGCAACAAAAAGAGAGGUAGUGUGUUGAGUUUAUAUGAGAAGUACCAAGAAUCAAAAAAGCAAGAUGCCUAG